CGACUAGUUGCCAGUAUGGUGGCUUGCUGCUGCCGGAAGGUGGAGAAUGACCUCCUCCCGUUGUUUACCCACAUGUCAAACACAAACAUUCCAUUCGACAUGCAACAUAUGAUGUCCAGGUUUAUGUUUGACCUGGCUGCUAUGCCUCUCUUCGGUGUUGAUCCUGGCCUCCUAUCAUCGGAAAUGCCACCCAUGGUUGUCGCGGUUGCCUUGGACAUAGUCAUGGAGGUGGUAUGCUUUCGGCACAUGAUGCCAUCUUAUUGCUGGAAACUGAUGAGGUGGUUAAACAUCGGUCCUGAGAAAAAGCUCAAUGUGGAGCACACACUGCUACGAAGGUUCAUCAAGGAGAUGAUGGAGAGGAGGAAUAUCAAGACGUGGCAAGUUAAUAAUGAUGAGGAAGAAGAAGGUGUGGAUAUUGUAUCUUUCUUCCUCGAUGACCCAUGCUACGCUAAUGAUGACUUGUUUUGUGCUAUCACCAUUGGCUACAUGCUCGUUGCGAGGGACACAGUUGGAAUAGCCUUGACAUGGAUCUUCUACAACCUCGCCCAGAACCCUAACAUCGUUUCAAUCAUCCGCAACGAACUCUCACCGGUUGCAUCACAUAAAGUAGUAGCUGGUGUUGGAACUAUGGUGAUAUUUGAGCCGGAUGAGACCAGAUCUUUAUCCUAUCUUAGUUCUGCCUUGUAUGAGACUCUUAGGUUGUACCCGCCGGCGCCUACUGAGCUCAAGACGGUGGUCGCUGAUGAUACAAUGCCGAGUGGCCAUGAGGUGCAUGCCGGCGACGCCAUCUUUAUUUCUCUUCAUUCCAUGGGGAGAAUGGAGGGCAUAUGGGGUAAGGACUGCCUUGACUAUAACCCAGAUAGGUGGCUCUUGAAGGAUGGCAAUGGUCUAAGGUAUGUACCACCUCACAAGUUCCUGGCCUUUAACUCGGGGCCAAGGAUGUGCCUCGGUAAGGAAAUCGCGGUUAUGCAGAUGAUGAUUGUCGUGGCCUCAACGCUAUGGAACUUCGAUGUGCAUCUGGAGAAAGGGCAAAGCAUCGAGCCCAAGGCAUCUUGUAUACUAGAGAUGAAAAACGGGCUUAUGGUUAAGCUGAAGAAGCGAGAAGUGUAA